GGCAGGAAAUUGUGGUUGCCCAGCAAGUUUUUCGUCUACUACGGAGCAAAGUUUGAAGAGGCGCUGCUCGGCUCUCUGUCCUGUACACAAACCCACCGGUCGAAGACCAAGUGGAAAUCCCGAACGGUGCAAGAUGUCGGUCGCAGGAAUCAAAAAGCAAAUUUACAAAGCCACGCAGAUGGUGAGCGAGAAAGUUGGGGGUGCAGAGGGAACCAAACUGGAUGAAGACUUCAGGGAUCUUGAAAGGAGAGCAGAUGUGACGAGCAAAGCAGUUGUGGAGGUCAUCAGCAAAACCUCAGAAUACCUCCAGCCUAACCCAGCAACGAGAGCCAAGCUUUCUAUGCUCAACACGGUGUCCAAAAUCCGUGGGCAGGUGAACAGUCCAGGAUACCCACAGCCGGAGGGUCUGCUGGGAGAGAGCAUGACUAAAUAUGGACGAGACAUGGGCGAGGACAACAACUUCGGCGGGGCUCUAAUCGAUGUCGGAGAGGCAAUGAAGAGGAUGGCAGAGGUCAAAGACUCCCUUGAUAUUGAUGUGAAACAGAAUUUCAUAGACCCACUCCAGGCAGUUGCUGAGAAGGAUAUCAAAGACAUUCAGCACCAUCUGAAAAAGUUGGAGGGCCGGCGUCUCGAUUAUGAUUAUAAAAAGAAACGUCAAGGAAAAAUCUCAGACGAAGAGGUCAGACAGGCUCUGGAGAAAUUCCAUGAGUCCAAAGAGAUGGCUGAGAGCUCCAUGCAUAACCUCCUGGAAACUGAUGUGGAGCAGGUGAGUCAGCUGUCUUCCUUUGUGGACUCCCUGCUGCAGUACCAUAGACAGGCCUCACAGAUCCUGGAGGAGCUUACUGACAGACUGAAAGAGAGGGUAAAUGAGGCUCAGUCUCGUCCAAGGCGUGAAUUCACCCCUAAACCCAGACCAUCCUUUGACUACGGAGAGCCGGCUCAUUCAAAUGGAGGAUAUUCAUCUGCUGCCUCAAACCCUCCCGCUUACUCUGCUGCCGAGCCGUCCUGCAAAGCCAUGUAUGACUUUGAACCAGAGAAUGACGGAGAGCUUGGCUUCCGUGAGGGAGACGUCAUCACCUUGGUCAGUCAAAUCGAUGAAAACUGGACCCAGGCUGUGAUGGGUAAUAACUAUGGCUCAGGCACAGCAGGCAGCAUCAGCCAGCUGCACGACCACUGCCGUAUCACGGGCUCUUCGGGGAAGGCGUGUCAGCCCCCGAAUCGCUCAGCGCCCCUUUGUCCUCAGUCGGUGCCCGGCCAGCGACGCUCGAUGGCGGCUGCACCCGUCCGGCAGCGCCUCGGUUCGGGGGGCGCCCGGGCGCAGCUCCCGCCCUGUUACUACGAGGGCUACCUGGAGAAGCGAGGGCCGAAAGAGAAGGCAUCCAGGCGGCUGUGGACGUGUCUUUGUGGAAAUUCUCUGUAUUUCUUCAGCAACGCCAAGGACACAAGUUACGUGGAGAAGCUGGACCUCGGUGGGUUCGUGUCCCUGAAGGAUGACUGCAGCAGGGAUAGAAACCUGGAAGCAGCCAGACUCAUCCUCCGCAUGAAGGAUGGAGAGACCAGACUCACAGCACCAAACUUAGAAACCCGGGAGCUGUGGAAAGGUUUCCUCUACUCUGUCAUCGAUCUCGAUGUGCCAUCCUCUCUCACUCUGCUGCCCGGACAGCUUCAGAUGCUAAGGGAGGUGGUGACCAAAGAGAGGUCUAGACGGAGAAGUCGCAACCCUUCACGAGCACCUCCAUCUCCUCUGUCUGUUCCUUUAGUGGGAGAGAUCCCGGCAUGUUUUCGUCCGGUGUCCCGAACAGAGGCCGAGGUCCUUUUAGAAAGACACCCAGACUGUGGCAACAUGUUGCUCCGUCCAGGCAGAGAUGGUUGCUCUCUGGCUGUUACCACCAGACAAGACCUCAAUGGGUCAGUGUUCAGACACUACAGAGUCACUCAGAGGGACCAAGGUGGCUACGUCAUUGACGUGGAAAAUCCUAUUCCCUGUGCUACACUACACGAGGUCAUUGAUGCCUUGGUAGAAAAGACUGCAGGCACUCUUCAGCCUUUCCUACUGGAGGAGCCUUAUGAGGAAAAUAUCACGUAUGUUUCUGCUAACGAUGAAAAUGGGGAAAGGAUCCUCCACACUGCCCCCUCUAGUCCCAUACCCAAAGCCCCCGCUCUACCUCCCAAACAAGAUCGAUGGUGCAGCAGCCCUGUGUCCAGAUCUCCCGUCCCUGACCGCCGCGUCCUGACCUCAUCAGUGCCGGCCUCGCCCACCAACCCCAUGAGGAGACUGAUCCACUCCCCCUCUCCUCUCACACAAAGCCUGAAUGAGGAACUCAGAAUGACCCUGGAGAGGAGACGAGCCAGUCAGGAGUGAUUUGUAGAAGCGUCCUCAGUCCCUGCACCAAACCUCUACACACCACAGCUUCAGUUUGUUCCCAUCCUGUGCCUUCUAGGUGGAAAACAAGCAAAUCCAAAAAAACACCACUCUCUCCUAGCAAUGUAAAAGGUGUUCUGCUUUCCUUUUUUGUACCAGUAUUAUUUGUUGGACUUGAUGUGGAUUUAUUGACUCUGAUUGGCUCCUCAAGAGCUAGAGAGAUUUGGUAACUCAUGCAAUUCACGCAGUUUCAUAAAAAAUGGUGCCUGCUUUGUUUAAAUGACGACACCGGUGCUUUUCCCACUUCCACAAAGCUGUUUACAAACUGCCACCAAACAAUUACAGUGCCACAACAAAAUCCAGCCAGCAUAAACUAGAAAUCCUCAUAAGUGACUACUCAAACCCAUCAGAGAAACACCCGCACACAAAGGACCACCAGCCGAGAAACAACGUUUUCCUUUGUGAGCCUCUCUCUGGGUGGUUAGCUGCUUAUGUUUGUGUUUCAACACCGGAGACUAUAUGAACAAACCGACUGCCAAAUGCCAAGAUCAACACCAGAGCAGCCGACUCUCACCUGAGACGCUUUAUCUGCCCUGAAAGUAAAAAUAAUCAGGGAAAGCUCUGGUUUCUCCUCAAACAUUCUCCUCAUCCAUCCCAAUACUUAUAAGAUAACUACAGGGGGGGGGAAAGUCUGAACAAAAGGAAGCAGAGACAGAAAUAUGCUUAAUCUCUGCCUGCAGCUCUGAGAGAUAUUUGUUAUUGCUUGGCAACUCUUAAUGAACUGUUAAUUCAAGGGGUGCUGACGUUGUUUAUUUAACACUCGGUUUUCACUGUACACUUGGUGCAUAUUUUUGAAGUGUUUACUUGUGCUAUUGUGUGGUGCUUUUACUCACCCCAAACCAUAAGAGCCUGAAAAAUCGGGGUGAUUUGUGAUCUUUUUCAUGAGAACAACUCUGCUGUAUUUGUAUGUGAAGGUGCCCUCUAGUGGAAUAGCAAUGUGAAUUUCAUCAGCAAACUCUCUUCGGAGCAUAAGAAUCAGAUGAGGCUUUUUUUUUAUGUGGUUGACUUGACCUAAUUUGUGGUUUUAUUACAAUGUAAUGAUUUACAGAUCAGUAUGUGCUCUAACAAAUAUUUCUCCUGCACUUGUCGUUUGGCAUAUUCCUUCAAACUGUGAACAAAUGACUCAUAAGUGUCUUCUUACAAUGAGCAAUUUAUUGAAUGUUUGUACAAAAUGUGUUGUGUCUUCUUGAUCACUAUCAAAGAGUAGUGUUUUAUAGAUUGGGAGGGGGGGGCAUUAAAUUCUUUUGCAUGGAUUCAUUUUUGUGAGUCAAGAGCUUGAUUAUUCAUAAGAGACGGGCACAGAUUCCUGUGCUUUCUGUUAAAUGGAAAGGUUGCGUAAUGUGUUGGAUUUCAGAAGAAGGGAAGAAACAAAGCAGAGGGGGAGGAGGACAAAUUUAAAACCAUUUCUCUCUUUGAUCAUGAUGGGAAAUGUAAGCUCGCUGACUGAGGACAUGGAUGAGCUUGGAUCCCUGAAAAGGAUGCUGUGGGAAUAUCCUGAAAGCAUUAUUAUGAUUUUCACCCAGACAAAGCUGCAGGAAUAAUGUUAACACCUCUCUACGGUUAUGUGGGCAGAUGGACUGGUAACGUUGCAAGAGGGAGGAUUUCAGUGCCGUUAAACACAGAUGGUGUAAGUCGAAACAUGUUACAACAAAACAGUUUCUCUGCAAUCCAGAUGCUAAACCACUGGCUGUCAGGUUC